AUGAUGAUUAUUAUUAUUUGCCAGGAGUCAUAAAUAAUGAAGAAGAUUACGUAGGUCGGUAGCCGGCGGUAUAAUUGAAUCAAAAUAAUGUAGAGGUAUCAUGUUGUACGCCUUGGCCAAUCAUAACUCAGGUGAACCUUUCUCCUCCAUGCUGGCUCGUCGCGGCUACGGGGGAUGCGCCGAGACCUGUAUAUAAAGGGUGUCAUCUCUAACCCCGGACACUCGUGCCACCACCAACAGGCCGCAAACGUCGCGUAUCCUUCUUGUGACCGCGAUUCACUCCUCCUCUGUAUUCUAUCGUCUUUCUUCUUCUCUUCUUGGCCCGACUGUGCACCACGGAAUCACCGGAAGCGAAUUCUCGCCAAGGUGUGACUCCACGUUUCCGGCGAACAUCGACAAAAAAGUAAACAUCGUGACAGUGACAUCUGAUAAGAUUCACGACAUGAGCGCCUUAUCGUCGUUGUACGUGCUGCCCUUCAUCUGCAACUGCGUUCUGGUUUCUUCCACGAUAUUAACACCUCUGAAGACGGAAGGUGGACUGAGAGUCUUCAAAGACGGGCCCCGCGACUUCGAGUACGUGUUGAAAAGGCACACCGCCGACUGCCGCUCGGAUGAUCCCGAUUCUAAGGAACGGCGAAGCAACAUGGGCUCGUCGUUCAUUAGAUACGGUCGUAGCGAUCCUGAUGGCAACAUGGAGAGAGCCUUCCACGGUGACAGCUUGAAGGUGAACAGGUUUCCCCGCGGGAAAUCCCCGGACAUCAUCAUCAGAUUCGGACGAUCUGAAUUGAAGAACGUCGAUGGCGACAGGGAGUUCAAACGGGGAAGGAAUGACUUGAAUUUUAUCAGAUACGGCCGCAACGUGCAGAUGUACCCAAUGGAGGUGGACAUGACGUCUGUGUGCUCGGAUCUCUUAUCCAACAACGAGAUCAUGGAUCUUCAUCCGUACGAAGCGAGGCUACUUCGUUUAUGCAACACCUUGAACAACAUCGACACCGAGCACAGAAACAGUCUGGACUUCCUGGAGGAUUCGAAGCACGAUUAAAAUCCCACCCUUUGCCCACUAC